GAAUGAACAACCAAUCCAUAGACAGUUUCACACCCAACUAGCUGUUUAUUGGUUUCCAUCCUUUUGAGGAAAAUCCAUGAGGCUUUGGCCCCUUGUGGGGUAUGAGAUCGUUGAGACAAUUUGGCCGGUGAUGGCUGGUCCACUCCAGGAGUCUGAGGUGCAGGAGGUUCCUCCGCCCCCUCUGGACAUCGACAGGGCCCAGGCGUAUACUGUUCGAGCCAUCAUGGACUCAAGGCGUCGGGCAAGGGGCCUUCCGUACCUCGUGGAGUGGGAGGGGUACAGUCCGGAGGAGAGAUGCUGGGUGCCGGUGGAGGACAUCCUAGACCCUUCGUUACUGCGGGAAUUUCACCGUCUCCACCCGGAUCGUCCUGCGCCUCGUCCUUCGGGUCGUCCCCGAGGCCGGGUGAUGGUGGCCUUUCUCUCAGAUUUCCUCCUCUCCUCCUGA